AUGGAGUCUCCCGUCUUCGAAGUAAUUCGGUCCAAUCUCUCCCGACCCCCCAAUGACCAACGACCAGUCGUUCUUAUGACAUGCGCCAUUGCGGGCGCCGGCAAGAGCACUUUGGCCAAGACGGUGAUUGCGAAACUACCCAAUUUUGUGCGCUUCUCUGCCGACAAAAUUGUUCGUGACAAGUACGGUCUCUAUGGCAUUGACUUUGCCCGCGACAAGCACGCCGGAUACCUGGAGGAGGCGCAGGUGCGGAUCAAGACGGACCUGGCCGCGCUCAUCAGAGAUGGGACGAAUGACGCGGUGCUCGACCUCUCGUUCUACGACAAGGAAUACCGCGACGAGUAUAAAGCGAUUAUAGAAGACGCCGGUGGGCGCUGGGUUCUUGUCUUCUUGGAUGCCGAGAAGGACCUUCUCUGGCGUCGCAUCCAGGAUCGGCGUGCCGCACGAGACAAGAUCCCGGUUGAGAGCGGCGCGAGGGACGGCGAUUCGGCUUAUGACAUUGAACCGGCGACUUUUGAGAUGUAUUGGGGGGGAUUCGAGCCUCCGGUUGGAGAGGGAGAGAUCAGAGUCGUGGUGUCCUAA